AUGGCACUGAGAGGUAAAAAGAAGGCGGACAAGAACAGGAGGAAGGCAAGCCAGAGAGUCAGACUAAAAAGGGAUGGGAAGAGGAAAGAUGCAGAAUCUUACAGAAAGAAGACAGACAAUAGGGGAGGAGGAGGAGGAGGAGGAGGAGGAGGAGGAGGAGGAGGAGGAGGAGGAGGAGGAGGAGGAGGAGGAGGAGGAGGAGGAGGAGGAGGAGGAGGAGGAGGAGGAGGGGGAGGAGGAGGAGGAAGAGGAGGAAAAAGCAGGCUUCUUUAUGCUGUAAAGUGGUGGACUGACGGACAGCAGUCCGAAGAACGAGGAAAGAAAGAAAGACAGCUGGCAGGAUAA